AUCUCCUUGCCCAGAUGGAUGAUGUGGAGCCACUUGUGCCCCAGGGGCCAGCAGAGGAGAGGAGCCCAAAUGGCCACUGCACCCGAUGCCCCAUCUCCAGCCAGAGCCCCGGUGAUUCCAAAGUGGUGGAAGACUUCAGGAGGAGGCUCAAGUACUUCUUUAUGAACCCCUGUGAAAAAUAUAGAGCCAGGGGCCGGAAACCAUGGAAACUAAUGUUACAGAUUCUGAAAAUUGCCAUCAUCACGUUCCAGUUAAUGUCUUUUGGAUUGAGUAACGAGAUGAUGGUGACCUUUAAAGAGGAAAACCUGAUUGUGUUUAAACACCUCUUCCUGAAAGAAUAUAAGGACCAACGUGUGGACAGAUACGCAGUGUACACCAAAACAGAUGUGUACGACCACAUCUAUUACAUCAUCGAUAGGUUUAUAAACCUGCAGAACCUGACGGUAGGGAACCAUGCGUAUGAGAAGAUAGAGGGCGAGUACACCCCUCUGACCCUCUGUCAGGAGUUCUUCAGGAAAGGCAGCAUUUCCCCUGGCAACGACACCUUUGAUAUAGACCCACAUGUAGACAAAGAAUGUAUUUCCGUAUAUCCUCUGGAGCCAUUGGGGCAUAAAACUUUGUCAAGAGACAUUAACUUUUCUCUGGAUUUUAAAAGGCUGUUGUCAGUAAACAUCUACCUCACGUUGAAAGCCAUCAACCUGCAGACAGUGCGCCACCACGAGCUCCCAGACUGUUAUGCCUUUAGUAUAAUUAUAAUGUUUGACAAUCGUGCGCACAGUGGGAGGAUAAAGAUUAACUUAGAAAAUAAUGUUGGAAUCAAUGAAUGUAAAGACUGGAAUGUUGCAAGCACUUCUGGGAAGAACAACCACCUCUUGCUGUUCGAUUCCCUCGUCAUCCUCGCCUGCUUUAUCUCACUCAUCUUGUGCACACGCUCAGUCUGCAAAGGAUCUCAGCUCCAGUUUCAUUACACUGCGUUCUUCCACACCUACUUUGGUAAAACUGUGUCCUGGUCUGAGCGCAUGGAGUUUGUGAACGGCUGGUAUAUUCUGAUCAUCGUCAGCGAUACACUGACCAUCGCUGGAUCCGCCCUCAAAAUAGGAAUACAGACUAAGGACCUUACAAACUAUGAUGUCUGCAGUAUUUUGCUUGGGACAUCCACAAUGCUUGUCUGGGUUGGAGUUAUCCGCUACCUGGGUUUCUUUAAGAAAUAUAACAUCCUGAUUCUGGCCCUAAGGGCAGCGUUUCCAAAUGUGAUCCGCUUCUCCUGCUGCGCUGGCUUGAUCUACCUGGGCUACUGUUUCUGUGGCUGGAUCGUUCUGGGGCCGUAUCAUGAGAAAUUCCGGACCUUGGACAAGGUGACGGAGUGCCUGUUCUCUCUGAUCAACGGUGAUGACUUGUACUCCACUUUCCAGAAGAUGAGAGAGAAGAGAUACAUGGUGUGGCUGUUCAGCAGGCUCUACCUCUACUCCUUCCUCUCUCUCUUCAUUUACAUGGUGCUCAGUCUGUUCAUUGCCCUCAUCACAGACACAUACGAGACCAUCAAGCAACACCAGAAGGACAGAGUCCUGGUGUCCCAGCUGAAGGCCUUUGUGGCUGAGUGUAGAGACCAGCCUGACUCUGGGAAGUACAAGAUAGACAAGGAACCCACCUGCUGCUGCUACUGCUUUGGAUAGACCCUAUAAAGUAGCCGUGUGUGUGUGUGUGUGUGUGUGUGCGUGUGCGUGUGCGUGUGCGUGUGCGUGUGCGUGUGUGUGUGUGUGUGUGUGUGUGUGUGUGUGUGUGUGUGUGUGUGUGUGUGUGUGUGUGUGUGUGUGUGUGUGUGUGUGUGUGUGACAUAUGUUAGUAGGCAUUAAAGCUCUAUUCAUGUGUUGGGAAAUGUAUUUAAAAAAUUGUUUAAAGU